UUAUUCAUUUUCUACCCCUCUCGCGGCUGGAAUAUUCAUGAUGUGCUGGCGUGUCCAGCGCCAAUCGUUGGGCUCGCUUGGAAAUGCCCUUUUCGUACACGAGGCUCUGUUAACACAGUUGGAUCUGACAGAUCGAAGAUCCAGUUCCUCAAUCAUCUCACAAUGACCUCAGAAUCAGCCUCAGGGCGAGCAGUAACUUCGAUUCUGCCCUCGUCGUCGGCGCCCAGUGAACCAUCGUCGUCCACACAAGAACCAAACUCUCAGGCUGACCCCCGAUUCGACGGCAUUUACGUCCCCCAUAUCUAUGACUUUGUGAGCCUGUUCCGGCCUGCCCAUUUUCAGGGCCGCUCGCAGAUACCUCCGCUGUAUCUGGAGCCUCUGGCUGUGGAUCACUCGAUCACUGUCGGCCAUGGGGCGUCGUUCACCACCUUCAAGCGCGCAGUGCCAGGCAGCCCGCCGACGACUUUGAAUAUAACAACCAGCGGUCUCCCGCUGACCCUCAGCCCGUCUCCAAGUACCAAGUCAAGAUAUGUUGUUUACAAGAUUGCUCGCGUCGCCUUCUCGGAGUCUGGAACCCCUACGCCGCAAACUCGCCAUGCGAUGAAGGCCGCCCUGAUGGAGCUCUACUGUCUCCGCCAUAAACCUCUUCAAAACCAUCCCAACAUCGUGAAGCUCUUGGGCCUCGCAUGGGGCGCCAACUAUUUCGACCCAAGCCAUCGCCUGCCAGUGGUGGUGGUUGAGUUCGCCGACCGGGGCAAUCUAGCACAGCUACAGGAUGCCAUCAAUCUAGGGCCUCUUGCCAGGAGUCGACUCGCAAUUGAUAUCGGAGAGGGCCUGGAUGUGCUUCAUCGCUGCGGCAUUGUGCAUGGCGAUAUCAAGUCAGAGAACAUUCUGAUCUUCUCGCACCCAGAGAAGGAGUAUGUGGCUAAGCUGUCGGAUUUUGGCUUCUCGCUCGUUGGAGAGGCGGCCACUGCUGCUGUAUACGUCGGGGGAACAAGGCCCUGGAAGGCCCCUGAGGCGAAAUCACAAAUAACGAAGGAUGGACUUCCCGCGACAGAUGUCUACUCCUAUGGCCUGUUGUUGUGGCGUCUGGCAACAGACGGCAGGGAUCCAUUUCGUUUCUGGGUGGACACCGACCUGCGUGGAGAGGACUACUACCAGCUCCUUGAAAGCCUCAAGGAUAAUGACCAGCUGGUGCAGAAUGUAUCCCUGGAGAAGUGGCUUAUUCCUUACCUCUCUGGCAAAGGCGGGCGUCAAGCGCAGUUGACCAUGGACUGGCUCGUGCAAGGAGUCUCCAAGCUUCAGAUUCUUGCAAAUUCCCAGCAGACUGCCAACCGUAUGUCGACAGAUAAUUGGGGCAGACUUGUGGAGUAUUUAAAAGUGUGUCUCCAGUUCGAUCAAGCCUCGAGUGUGCUGGCUGGCACUGUCCUGCAGUGGGCAAGUAAGGAUAUCUUCUACGGACGAAUCUCAUCGGCUCUGGAAAGAUCUCUCAGCCUCGACUCGACGAAGCGAAGUUUGCGAGGAGCACUUGACUGUCUUACCGGAGGAAGUCAGCUAGAUACAGUCAAACACACAAAUGCGGAUAUGCUCCUUCGCAUCAGCUACGAUAACCAUGUCCUCUCCUGGCAGCAAAUGAGAGAACUCGAGCCAGCUGUCCAGUCGUUCAUCUUCCACUGUUUCCGCGCAAAAGUGGAGGGCGAGUUAUCCCAGCGAAAGAUCAACCCCCCGGACUGUUUCAUUCUGAUGUCCUACUAUAUCAAUGGAUAUGGAACUCCGGUUGACUUCAAAGCAGCUACGCGUCUUCUCGAGCAGUGUUCCAAUACCGAGUAUAAUCAUCUGCCUUCUCGCGCGUACGUCUACCGCAUUGCGAAAUCUCUCAACCCAAAGUUCAUAGCCAGGGCCGACAUGGUAUCCAACCUGACCGAAAUGGCCAUUAUGGGCUCCCGCACGGCAGGACUUGAUCUCAAUGAGAUAGCACCCGACAAGUAUGCAGAAGUGCAGCCGCUCAUCCGCGAUGCGCUUGCUGGGGUCGGUGCCAAUUUCUUCCACGCCAAACAGAUGCUCGCCGGUGCUACUUACCGGCAGUGGAUCAACACAUUUGAUAACGAGCAAGUCCUUGUUCAGAAUCUGAGUGGCUUGAACCGUAUUGCUGAUUAUAAGGUCAAUAAGCGAGGUGACAGGAUUCUGCAUUUGGCAGCCAGUGCUGGACGCAUGAGCGCAAUCAGAACGCUUCUAAGCACAUUCCCAGCACUCGCUGUGAACCAUGUCAACGACCAAGGCGAAACACCGCUGCUCUCCGCAUGUCGUGCUGGACAGACCGCCACUGUAUUGGAUUUGUUAGAACUCGGUGCAGACGCGACGGUAGUCACCCCAACGGGCGAGACCUGCUUGCACUGGCUUGUUUCCUUUGAGGAUGGCGAUAUCGAAAAGGUCGGCCAGGCUUUGGUCAAAGCCGGAGCUGGUCUCAGGGGACUGACCAAGAAGAGCAUUGCGUACUCUGAGUUCCGGGCGACAAUCGAGGUGGACGUGCAGGUCCCGGGCACUCCGCUGGCCUGGGCUGUCCAUCAUGACCGACCUCAGAUCGUCAAAUUUCUACUGAGUGCAGCGUCUGAUCCCCUGAUCUGCGUUGACCGCUUGACUAAUCCCAUGGGUCCAUCUGCCCUGGAGCACGCAGCCUAUUAUCAUCAUGUUGAGUGCCUAGAGCUCAUGAUGGAGGCAAUGGAAGCAUCUGGAGUCUCCUAUACUCUCGAGCCUCUCCUCCGGCUAGGGGUACACUCUGCAGACACGUUUUCGAUGAUGUUGAGACACGGUGCAAGGUACAAACAACGACUACACGAGUUCCUCGAGCUUGGACUUCGAAAAGCGAAAGAGGUUCGUUUUCUAACCGGGGUCGGAGGACAUGAUACCCACCUGCUAUACUACGCUGUGAGCGAGGGUCACGAUGAAGUUGUCGAGUAUCUUCUAUCCACUGAGGUCAGUAAAGUCAUUAGCUCGUUCAACAUCAGUGUCGAAGACGGUCAAUUUCCUCCCGGUGCAUAUAAUCUGGGAGAUAUCAAUCGCCCGGCACGAGAGGACCGACGCACGCCCGUGCUGGAAGCAAUCCGAUGGAAUCGCAAACCCCUGGUCGAGCUCCUGGUGAAACAUGGUGCCAACCCAAGGGCGACAGCUAGGAAUCCUCUCAGCGGCGAGAUGAACUGGACUGCUUUCCAUAUUCUGGCCACCGCCGGCCACACUAAAGAUUACUCCGACUUGGUGUCGUUCCUGGUCACUGCCGGUGUUCCCAUUGACGGUGUCCCUGUUGGCAACUCAUCCGACUCAGAGAGCCCAUUCCUGGUUGCCAUCCAGCAUAAUGCAUUUGGACUGGCCACAGCAUUCCUUGAGCACGGCGCCAACCCCAGUGCCUGCAGCAGCACCUCCGGAAUGUUAUCCCUUCAGCACCCCACCUCGGUCCUUGGCCAUAUUGUCGCUGCAUCAGCUCAACAUACUGUGCCUCGUGUGAGAUAUCUCCUUGAACAAUGUCCAAAGAAGGAUGAAGUAGAUUUUAUUGUCGACCACAGCCAACAAAUGACUGCCCUUCACCGCGCCGCCUGGACGCACAAGGGAAUAAGACAUCGACUACCACAAAACCAGGAGCAGGCAGAGCUAUCAAAAGAAGAGUACGACAUGGUGGUAAACCGAGAGAUCAUGCGCGAGCUUCUGCAAAAGUGGGCAGAUCCUGAGACACAUUUGAAUGCUCGCUGUCGGAUUCACGGCCGGACUGCCCUUCAUCUGGCAGUGGACGCAGGGAACACUGCAGCUGUGGAGAUGCUGCUAGACAAGGGAGCGGAUAGCACGAUUACUGAUGAUCUGGAUUUGACUCCUGGGCUGCUGGCGCAAGAAAUUAUGAGCGAGUUGGAUGAUGAGGAAGCUGAGCUGUUGGAUGUUUACGCGAUCAUCGUCACUUUGUGUUGUCGCGAUUAGACUGCAGACUACGCCGGGAUGGAAUCUACCGCAAUUACCGGCAUAAGCUAAUGCUAGUUAGUCAUCUAUGCUAUUCAUGCUUCAACAACUGUACUGCAGCGACAAGAUACAAUGACACGGGCCUGCAUGUUUCAAGGACUUAGUAUAAAUAUUAUUAAAUGUCUAGCUAUAUUGCGUGUAAAGUGUUUGUUGGCGAAUCCACGAGUAUUUCUUUAAGUCAUGAAUAUUCACUCCCACUAC